AUGGCCUGCGACUUUGUUAAACAACACAACACUAAAGUUUUAAGUGAAUUGGACUUCACCGACAAGCAAGACUAUGCUGACGCAAGCCAUGGAUUUAUGUGUACAAUUGAAGGAGGUGCAAUUUCUAAUAACAAAGGUGGUGAAGUUUUUAAUUUCCAUGACACUGACUUUCUCGAAAAAGAAUGUCCCGAAACAGUCAACCCAUCACUUUGGAGACAAUGCCAACUCAAUCGCAUUCAUGGGCUCUUCGAAGUGAUUCCACAUAAAGUGUACCAAUUCCGAGGCUUUGACAUUGCAAAUAUGACAUUUGUACGAGGCGAGAAAGGGUGGGUUGUCAUCGACACGUUAUGUUGUCUUGAAAGUGCAGCUGCUGGCAUUCAAUUAGUUCGUGACAAAGUAGCUGACCUUCCCGUUACAGCUGUCUUAUUAACUCACUCGCACGGAGACCACAUUAAAGGGCUUAAUUCCGUCUUAGAAGAAAACACCGAAGUUUAUAUUCCAAAGGAUUUUUUCAAGGUGAUGGUCUCUGAAAAUCUGUUGGCUGGUGUAGCCAUGGAGAGGCGAUGUGUUUAUAUGUUUGGGUCCAAUUUAGAAAAGAGUCCGAAAGGGUGGGUUGGGUGUGGUCUCGGUACUGAAAGUGGUGCUGGUCAGAUCAGUACAUUUGCGCCCAAACAUUACGUUGAGAUAGUUGAAGACACCACAAAAAUUGUAGAUGGUAUCACAAUCGACUUUAUGUAUACGCCGAAUGCAGAAGCACCAACGGAAAUGAUGAUGUACUUCCCAGAACUUAAGGCGAUAUGCACUGCUGAAGAGAUCAAUCGACUUCAACACAACUUAUAUACUCUUAGAGGUGCACAAGUCAGAAAUGGGAAAGAUUGGUCGAAAUAUAUUGAUAAUAUAUUGGUAAGAUAUGCAGACAAAUUGGACUAUUCGUUUGGUACACACAACUGGCCGACUUUUGGAAAUGAAAAUAUCGUGAAAUACUACGAGAAGCAGAGAGACUUAUACAAAUACAUCCACGACCAAACGUUGAGACAAGUCAACUUGGGAACAACACUCAACGAACUCCCAGAAAAAGUGGUUCUCCCAAAGAGUCUGUCUUCCGUGUUUUAUAACAGAGACUACUAUGGUACAGUGUCACACAAUUGUAGAGCACAAUGCCAGUACUACCUUGGAUUUUAUGAUGCCAAUCCAGCCAAUUUGAAUCCAUUGACGCCUGUUAAUUUGGGAACAAAAUAUGUUGAAGCUAUUGGUGGAGAGGAGAGGUGCAUAACAAUUGCAGAAGACUCUUUUAAGAAUGGCGAAUACCAAUGGGCAAUUACUCUAUUAAACAAUGUUGUGUUCAAGAAUCCAAGAAAUGAAAAGGCAAGAUAUUUACUUGCAGAUAUCUAUACCCAGACAGCAUAUAUGCAAGAAAGUGCAGUGUGGAGAAAUUGCUAUUUAACAGCCGCCUUCGAACUUCGACUGAAAAGUGGGAAUGAGGAACAGUUCAAUGGAGAGAGCAACGUCAACGACAGAAUACUCCUCAAAUUGCCAAUCGCUUAUUUGUUCGAUGUAUUCGCUGUUUCCUUGGACCCGACUCCUGUCGAAGGUAUUGAUCUUUCCUUUAAUAUCACUUUUACAGAUACAAAAGAAAAUGGCUAUCUCUUGUUGAAAAAUUCUGUUUUGAAUAAUCGAAGUGCUCUUGUUGCUAAUUGUGUCACAACUGUGAAGUGCACAAAAAGUGACUUGGUGAAUCUGAUACUAAACAGAAUCUCCAAAGAAACAUUUUUGAAACAAAAUGAGGCAACUGGAAAUAUUGAGGAUUUCUUCACCUUGCUCAAUUCAAUCAAAAUAGCCACUCCAAAAUUCGCUGUUGUCGAGCCUUGA